AUGCCGAAUUCGCGUGGCAGGAGACAAAAGUUUUCUUCUCAGGAGGAUGCGUACCUUUCCAAUUUCAGAGAAUGGCGAAAUGAAGAAGUUUCAGAAUCAUGGGCUCAAUUUCUCGCCAGAUACGAGAAGAAAUUCUGGACCGAUCCCCAUAGUUCGGCGUCACUAUUUCGAAGGGCCGAAAAGCUUUCUGGUCAUCGUUAUCAGACUCUAUCUCGAGUUGAAGAAAUGAUGCACCAUAUGCUAAAGAUGCGCAAAUCGAGUCUCUUAUGGACAUGGGGAAGAAUUGGCCAGGCAUUUGGUACUAAUGCAAGGACAGCUUCUGCGGCAUAUAAGAAUUUCUUAAAGAGAAAUGGAAUCGACGAAGACGAGAAUGAAUCUCGUCGUAUAAUGUGGACCGAGUCAGACAAGAGGAGACUCGGGCGGGCGCGUCAUCUCGGCUACUCAUGGGAACGUAUAUCUAAGCAAUUCGGUCAUGAGGAGUACAUCUGCAUGUCGGCACAUUAUAUACAAUCUUACGCGGGGAGCAAGUCUGGGAACUUGAAUGCCUCUUUCCAUCCAAAGUAUUUUUUUUCUUUCAUUGGAAAAAGCAGCGGGCAUCCCAUACACAAGUCAGCGAGUGCCUCAGAAAUCAAAGAUGAGGGUGAAGAUUAUCAAUGGGUGAAGAGUCUCGUUGCACGAAAUGAAAGAGGACAAUCACAGCCUAGGUCUGGCGUCACAAAUGCUAAACAAUUGGGAAGCGACAGUUCUCAGUCAUGCUUCACCAAUUUUGAGCACAUGAAGAGCCAUUCUGUAUUGGAAUUGCAACACAAUUCCGGGUUGACCGACCGUAUACCAACAAAGCACUCGCUUGAUAGGAACAAGGCUACAAUGGCACCGACAUCUGAGGCUGGCAGCCGUUAUUAUGCUCCCUUAAGAACAGCAAAGCCAAUAUACAGAGAAAGUCUUGCCAAAAUGAGAUUCAAUGGAUGUGCGGCGAGCCCAAAUUUUCUACAAACACUUGAUUCUCGGCUACUUGAAACCCACCGCAGAAACGGGUUUGGUACCAUAGGUCUCGUCAAAAUCGACACAGAGACAGCCAGCCAUUGUUUUCCGGCCAGUCUCAAAAAUCGGAGAAGUUACAAGCCCAGCUGUAGUUAUGAAGAACUAGACGGACCAUAUGUCAAGGUGAAGAAAGAAGUGGAAGAUGACGAAGGCAAUGAGAACAUGACAUAUUGCAUGAUUAGUAAAGCAAGAUGA